UUGCGGUUAUGCCGCUCGGCCGGCGGCGCGCUAUGUGUGAGGCUGGGCGCGGGGCCGGGUACUGCCGGCGCCCUGCAACCUGGAUAGGCGCGGCGCGUGUGCAGCGCCCCUAGGGGCGCGUUGUGCGCUAGGCAGGUUCCCGGGCGCGGCCCGGCCCCGCUCUCUGGCUCGUCGCCUCACAGGAAAGAUGGCGCACAGCGGUCGGUGGCGCUUCCCGGCCCGGCCCGGCAGCGGGGGCUGGGGCCGCCGCGGGCUCGGGGGCUGCCGCGUCCGGGUGCCGGCCCUGCGCAGCCCGCGAGGGGAGCCGCCCGACGAGCGCCAGAGGGAGCGGCCCGCGGGCGGAGGGGCGGCGGUGGCGGGAAGCGGCGGAGGGGGCGGGGCGGGCGGCUCCUCCUCCGCCGCCGGGCCUCCCGGGGCGCCCCCCCAGCUGCCGCCGCCCCCGCCGCCGCCCCCCUCGCCCUCGUGCUCAGCGGGGGUGGCUCCCGGCUUCGACGCGGCUCUCCAGGUCUCGGCCGCCAUCGGCAUCAACCUGCGCCGGUUCCGGGCGGCCUGCGGGGCUGAGGCGGGCAGCGGAGAGGAUGAGCAGUUCCUAGGCUUUGGCUCCGACGAUGAGGCCCACGGACGAAGUCCUGCCAAGCCUCCCACAGUCAAUCCUAGCAUACGCAAACCUCGUGGGAGACCCCGGAACAGCUCAGACCGCAGCUCAGUUGUGCUCUCAGAGCCCUCGUCUGUAUAUUCCCCUUCAAGCAAACUAGAACCCACAUCUGUGGAAAAAGUAAAGAAGAAAGAAUUAAAAAGUGGAGAGAAAAGGAGAGGGAGGCCCCCUGCGCUUCCCAGCAUGAAGUUCAAGAUCACCCGCAAAGAGGGCAUGCCAGAUGUGCAGAAGGGGGGCAAGGAGGGGAAGGAGGGUCUCAAGAAAAUAAAGCGGACACCAUCCACCACAUUUCAGCAUGCUGCCAAAAUAAAAAAGCUAAGAGCAGGCAAGCUCUCCCCACUGAAGUCUAAAUUCAAAUCUGGGAAGCUCCAGAUUGGGAGAAAGGGGGUUCCCAUUGUUCGCAGAAGAGGAAGGCCACCAUCUUCUGAACGCUUGAAGCCUGUGCCAGCGCUAAUCAUGAGUCCACAGCUGGAGAAACCCCAGAAGGUGCGAAAGGAGAAAGAGGAUGGCCAACAGCUCCCCAAAGAAGAAAAGCCUGCUGUCAGGCAGAGCCCCCGCAGGAUCAAGCCUGUGAGGAUUAUUCCUUCCUCCAAGAGGACUGAUGCCACCAUUGCUAAGCAACUCUUGCAGAGGGCUAAAAAGGGAGCCCAGAAGAAGAUUGAGAAGGAAGCGGCCAAGCUGCAGGGCCGGAAGGGGAGGACACCCCUUAAGAACAUCCGGCAGUUCAUCAUGCCCGUGGUGAGUGCCAUCUCGUCACGGAUCAUCAAAACUCCCAAGCGCUUCAUCGAAGAUGAGGACUACGACCCACCCAUCAAAAUAGCCCGCCUGGAGUCCACACCCAACAGCCGGUUCAGUGCCACCUCAUGUGGGUCCAGUGAGAAGUCCAGCGGCGCCUCUCAGCACUCUUCUCAGAUGUCUUCGGAUUCCUCACGGUCCAGCAGUCCCAGUGUUGACACAUCCACCGAUUCUCAGGCCUCUGAAGAGAUGCAGGCAUUAUCUGAAGAAUGCAGCAAUACCCCAGAAGUCCACUCUUCGUUGCCCAUCUCCCCAUCCCCUGAGAAUGAGGGUGGCGAGAGGCGGCGGCGGCGGCGGUUUUCUAUGGCAGAGAGAAACUUUGUGCCCAAAGCAGCUAAAAAACUGCCUAGCAUCCAAAGCGUGUCCCAGCAGCAAUCCUCCUCCUCCUCCUCCCCUCCUCCGCCUCUCCUCACCCCACCCCCACCGCUGCAGCCCGCUGCCGGCAUCUCAGACCACGCGCCUUGGCUGAUGCCCCCUACCAUUCCUUUGGCAUCGCCCUUUUUGCCCUCCUCUGCCAAUCCCAUGCAGGAGAAGCGGAAGUCCAUUCUCCGAGAGCCAACGUUUCGAUGGACCUCUCUGAAGCACUCUCGCUCCGAACCUCAGUACUUUUCCUCAGCCAAGUAUGCCAAAGAAGGUCUCAUCCGCAAACCGAUAUUUGAUAAUUUCAGGCCUCCGCCGCUGACCCCCGAGGAUGUUGGCUUUGCCUCUGGCUUCUCAGCUCCUGGGGCUGCAGCUCCAGCCCGUUUGUUUUCUCCUCUUCACUCCGGAACAAGAUUUGACGUACACAAAAGAAGCCCCCUGCUGCGAGCUCCAAGGUUCACCCCCAGUGAGGCCCACUCGCGCAUCUUUGAGUCCGUCACUUUGCCUCCUUCUGUUAGUCGAGCCGCUGCAGGAGCCACAGCGGCAGGUGCAGCUGCCUCUUCAAGGAAACGCAAGAGGAGAGUGUUCAGCCCCCUUGGAUCCGAACCCAGAUCUCCUUCGCACUCCAUGAGGACAAGGAGUGGAAGACUCAGCAGCUCUGAACUGGCCUCUCUCACGCCACCCUCAUCCGUCUCUUCCUCACUAACGAGCAUUUCUGUGGGUUCCCUGACCACCAGUGCCUUAAAUUCAACUUUUACUUUUCCUUCCCAUCCCCUGACCCAGCCUGGGGAAUCAGCAGAGAAAAAUCAGAGAUCAAGGAAGCAGACAAGCAUCCCAGCUGAGUCUUUCUCAUCCGGUGGCCCCGCUCCCCUCUUUCCCUGGUAUACCCCAAGUCCCCAGAUGGAGAGGGCCAAGAACAGAGACAGAGGCACAGAGAAUCCAUCCAAAGAUAAAGAAAGUGACAAAAGUGUUGAGAAGGAGAAGAGCAGAGAAAGAGAUAGAGGAGAGCGAGAGAAAGAAAACAAGCGUGAGUCCAGGAAAGAGAAAAGGAAGAAGGCUCCUGACAUCCAGAGCAGCUCCACCCUGUUCCCAUUGGCUCGUGUCUCCAAAGGCAAAGGGGUUAGCAGUGAAGAGGGAACCAUUUCCUCUUCUGCCAAAAAGCCGGCAGGACGGAAGAAAUCGGCAGCUGCUGACCCAGCAGCAGAUGUGCCUGCUGUCGUUCUUGUGAACUCGGCAACGGCCAUCAAGACCAAGCUGCCCAGGAAAGGCCGAGGGGGGUUAGAGAAAUCCAGUCUGGAACUUGGCCUGGCUGCUCCCUCAGUAGAAACGGAAGAAUCCCUUCAUCUCCCGACUGCUUCUGUGAGCAUUGUGAAACAUUCCACUUCCUCCAUCAGUUCAGUCUUGGCUCACGCGGACAAACUUCCCAUGACUGACAAGAGGGUGGCCAGCCUCCUGAAGAAAGCAAAAGCCCAGCUGUACAAGAUUGAGAAGAGCAAGUCUCUCAAACAGGUGGACCAGCCAAAAGGACAGGGUCAAGAGAGCGAUUCAUCUGAGACCUCAGUGCGAGGACCACGAAUAAAACACGUCUGCAGAAGAGCGGCUGUAGCACUAGGCCGCAAGCGAGCAGUCUUCCCGGAUGACAUGCCCACUCUGAGUGCCUUACCGUGGGAAGAACGGGAGAAGAUACUGUCUUCCAUGGGGAACGAUGACAAGUCUUCGGUUGCUGGUUCAGAAGAUGCCGAGCCCCUGGCACCUCCCGUCAAGCCCAUCAAGCCAGUUACAAGGAACAAGGCCCCUCCGGAGCCUCCUGUGAAGAAAGGCCGGCGGUCGAGGCGCUGUGGCCAGUGCCCGGGCUGCCAAGUUCCAGAGGACUGUGGAGUCUGCACCAAUUGCCUGGACAAGCCCAAGUUUGGUGGACGGAACAUAAAAAAGCAGUGCUGCAAGAUGAGGAAGUGUCAGAAUUUGCAGUGGAUGCCGUCCAAAGCUUAUCUCCAGAAGCAAGCCAAAGCUGUGAAAAAGAAAGAGAAGAAAUGCAGGUCCAGUGAAAAGAAAGAGAGCCAUGCUGGGAAGAACCAGUCCGACCCCGGGCAGAAAGCAGCUACUCAGCCCAGCCUGGCUAAAGAAGAUCACGCCUCCAAGAGAAGCAGUGAGCCUGCCCGGAAGCCCAGUGAGGAGAAGAGUGAGGAGGGCCCCCUGCUGCCCCUCCCUGACACCAAGCAGGCCCCUCUGUCUGCCGCCAGGAAAACUGGCAAGCAGGCCCCAGCCCCCAUGCCAGUGGCCCCCAGCUCACCACCCAGCUCAGGCCCGCCAAAAAAGGACGUCCCUAAGGUCAUUCCUGCAGAGUCCAAGAAGAAGCCAGCCCCGCCCCCGGAAGCAGGUCUAGAGCAAAGCAAACAGAAGAAAGUCGCUCCUCGUCCAAGCUUGCCAGUGAAACCGAAGCCGAAAGAAAAGGAAAAACCCUCUCCAGUCAGCAGGCCAGAGAGCAGCACGCUCAACUUGCUGAGCACUCUGACCAAUGGCAGCAGCUCCAAGCAGAAGCCGCCCCUGACUGAUGGUGUCCACCGGAUCCGAGUGGACUUCAAGGAGGACUGUGAGGCUGAGAGUGUUUGGGAAAUGGGUGGCCUGGGAAUCCUGACCUCCCUCCCUAUAACUCCCAGAGUGGUCUGCUUUCUCUGUGCCAGCAGUGGGCACCUGGAGUUUGUGUAUUGCCAGGUGUGUUGUGAGCCCUUCCACAAGUUCUGUUUGGAGGAAAGUGAGCGCCCCCUGGAGGACCAGUUGGAAAACUGGUGCUGUCGUCGCUGCAAGUUCUGCCAUGUGUGUGGGAGGCAGCAUCAAGCCACCAAGCAGCUGCUGGAGUGUAACAAGUGCCGGAACAGCUAUCACCCGGAGUGCCUGGGACCCAACUACCCAACAAAGCCUACCAAGAAGAAGAAGGUUUGGAUCUGCACCAAGUGUGUCCGCUGCAAGAGCUGUGGUGCCACAACGCCAGGCAAAGGGUGGGAUGCCCAGUGGUCUCAUGACUUCUCUCUGUGUCAUGACUGUGCCAAACUCUUCGCUAAAGGAACCAGUGUGGAGGGGCGGGGGACCCUGUGCAGUGCCACCGGGAAUUUCUGCCCGCUCUGUGACAAGUGCUAUGACGACGACGACUAUGAGAGCAAGAUGAUGCAGUGUGGGAAAUGUGACCGUUGGGUCCACUCCAAGUGCGAGAACCUCUCCGAUGAGAUGUACGAGAUCCUCUCCAACCUGCCCGAGAGUGUGGCUUAUACCUGCAUCAACUGCACUGAGCAGCACCCAGCUGAAUGGCGCCUCGCUCUGGAGAAGGAGCUGCAGCUUUCUUUGAAGCAGGUGCUGACAGCCCUGCUCAACUCCAGGACAACCAGCCAUUUGCUGCGCUACAGACAGGCAGCCAAACCACCUGACUUAAACCCUGAGACAGAGGAGAGUAUCCAGGCCCGAAGUUCCCCAGAAGGCCCAGACCCGCCGGUGCUAACAGAAGUCAGCAAGCAAGAAGAACAGCAGACCCUCGAUCUGGAAGGCGUGAAAAGGAAAAUGGACCAAGCAGGCUACACCUCUGUGCUGGAAUUCAGCGAUGAUGUCGUAAAGAUCAUUCAGGCAGCCAUUAAUGCUGACGGAGGGCAGCUCGAACUCAAGAAGGCCAACAGCAUGGUGAAGUCCUUCUUUAUUCGGCAAAUGGAGCGAGUGUUUCCGUGGUUCAGUGUAAAGAAAUCAAGAUUUUGGGAACCUAAUAAAGUCUCAACCAACAGUGGGAUGCUGCCAAACGCUGUGCUGCCUCCAUCACUCGACCACAACUAUGCUCAGUGGCAGGAGCGCGAAGAAAACACUUGUGCUCAGCAGCCUCCCCUCAUGAAGAAGAUCAUUCCCGCUCCAAAACCCAAAGGGCUUGGGGAGCCAGAUCCCCCCACUCCACUGCCUCCUCCCACACACCCCAUAUCCAGUUCUGACAGAAGCAGGGAGGACAGCCCAGAACUUGCCCCUCCUCCAGAUGUGGAAGACAACCGGCAGUGCGCGCUUUGUUUGAAGUAUGGCGACGAUGGGGGGAAUGAUGCUGGCCGUCUCCUCUACAUUGGCCAGAACGAGUGGACCCAUGUGAACUGUGCCCUGUGGUCAGCCGAAGUCUUUGAAGACGAUGAUGGCUCCCUGAAGAACGUCCAUGUGGCCGUGAUCCGAGGGAAGCAGCUGAGGUGUGAAUUUUGCCAGCGAUCAGGAGCCACAGUCGGCUGCUGCUUGACCUCCUGCACGAGCAACUACCACUUCAUGUGCUCCCGGGCCAAGAACUGCGUCUUCCUGGAAGAUAAGAAAGUGUAUUGCCAGCGCCAUCGGGAUCUGAUCAAGGGAGAGGUGGUGCCUGAGAACGGCUUUGAGGUACUGAGAAGAGUCUUUGUGGAUUUUGAAGGGAUUAGUUUGAGGCGAAAGUUCCUCAGUGGUCUGGAGCCAGAGAACAUCCACAUGAUGAUUGGGUCCAUGACCAUUGACUGCUUGGGGAUUCUGAACGAUCUCUCAGACUGCGAAGACAAGCUCUUCCCCAUUGGCUACCAGUGUUCCCGGGUGUACUGGAGCACGGCGGAUGCUCGGAAGCGCUGCGUCUACACGUGCAAGAUCCUGGAGUGCCGGCCCCCAGCCCUGGAGCCAGACAUCAACAGCACCGUCGAGCACGAUGACAACCGGACCAUUGCCCACAGCCCAGUGCCACCCUCGGCAGAAAUGCCAGCCAAAGAGGGCCAUGGCGCCAUCGCAGCCAUUGUGAUGAGCCCUCCGUCUUCAGAUCUUCCUCCACAUUCACAGAACUGCAAAGCUCUGCGGAUCAGAACACCAAGCUUUUCGCCUGCACAGAGAUCUCCGGGUUCAAGGCCGUUGCCCUCUGCAGGGAGUCCAACCCCUGUGACGCACGAGAUAGUGACUGUGGGAGACCCGUUGCUGUCAUCUGGACUUCGGAGCAUCGGCUCCAGGAGGCACAGUGCAUCUCCUCUGUCCCCGCAGCAGCUGAGGUCCUGGAUGCUGUCUCCCAGCAGAGCCGGGGUCACUAACUCCAGGCACAGCAUCUCUUCAGUGGCCAGCGCGGGCCCUUCCCCAGAGCAGGACUUGAGCACAAAGCCUACAGAACAGCCUGUGGGCCCAGCCACUGUGCGUGUGGCUUCCCAGAACAGCUGUGCUCCUCCCAAUGUGGCAAGUGGAGGCCAAGGGGCUCGCUUGGAGGAGUCCCUGUCCUUGGAAACGGAGCUGGCAAGAGGGCCCAUCCCUGCCAAGGCAGAGAAGGUCAAGCUGCUGUGCCCCAAAGACUCCAGCACUUCCCCUGGGAGUGCCAAAGCAGGCACUCCGCUUCAGAGCACAGAGCCAAACCCCAGCAAAGCAGUGAAGCUUCCAGAGCCCCCUCCUGGGUUGUUCUCUUCGAAAGAGUUAGUGGCUUUCCCAAGUCCACAUCUGAGAGCCCCAAAGAAGGAGCAAGACCAGCAGGUGGACCUUGGACAGGCAGAACAAAGCUGCCCUCUCGAGGAUCCAGAAGCAAAGUCCCCCAAGCUUCCUGGAGGGGGUCUCAGGCCUCCUUCCAUAAGCGAGCCACUUCCUUCUGUGGGCAGAGACAGGCGGCCAAAGGGGAAGAAGGGAGCAAAAGAGAGACACUCCAGUAAGUUUUUUCCAGGCCCAGUCCUCCUCCUCCCAGCUAGCAGUGAAGAAAGUGCAGAGCCAGAGUGUGUGAAUCCAGCUCUGAUGCCGGAACCUGUUGAGCAGAGGCACUGCAACAGCAUCGCCACUGAGAAGAGCACCGACAGCAGCCCACUGGCCCAGAGGACACCCAAGGCUUCUUUCCAAGGGGAAGUCGCCACCUCCAAGGAUCUGCAGGCUUCCCAAAAGCGCACCGUGAAAGUCACGCUGACCCCCCUCAAGAUGGAAGGGGAGAGCCAGCCCAAAAGCGUGCAGCGAGAGAGUGAUGCAGAGCUUCAGGUGAAGGAGAGCAAGCCAGCUUCCACGGCACUGUCUUCUUCCACCCUGGAGCAGGCAGGAGAUGGCUCGGUGGCCCAGGACAAUCCCAGAGGUGCUCUAGUCCCAGAGUCCCAGAGCGACACCUACCAGAGUCUUCCUGUUCAAGAGAGCAACGUGAUGCUCCAGGAUGGGGCCAAAGCACAGGAGGAUGGGGCCUAUAAGAGGCGGUAUCCGCGGCGCAGUGCCCGGGCCAGGUCCAACAUGUUCUUUGGGCUGACUCCCUUGUAUGGUGUGAGAUCUUAUGGUGAGGAAGACAUUCCUUUCUACAGCAACUCCACUGGGAAGAAGCGGGGAAAGAGGUCUGCUGAGGGGCAAGUGGAUGGAGCAGACGACCUCAGCACCUCCGAUGAGGAUGACCUGUACUACUAUAACUUCACCAGGACAGUGGUGUCCAGCACGGAGGAGCACCUGGGUCCCCACAACCUCUUCCGAGAAGAAGAGCAGUGCAGCCUUCCCAAGAUCUCUCAGCUGGAUGGCGUGGAUGAUGGCACCGAAAGUGACACGAGUGUCAUGGUGACAGCAAGGAAGGUGAAUCCAGUGACCAAAAGGAACACAGGCAAAGAGAACGGGACGGACAGCUUGAAGCUGGAUCGGAGUGAAGAGGGUGGGGAGAAAGCACAAGUGACCAAGGGCACGGCCGGCCACAAGCCAGCGGAUCCCAAAAUAGAGAACAGCCGGGCCAAGCCGCAGAGCCAGGACUCCCUGGAGGCCCAGCUGAGCUCCUUGGAGGCAGCCGGCCGCCGCCCUCGUGCCAGUACGCCCUCCGAGAAGACCCUCCUAGACACUUUCAACACGGAGCUGCUGAAAUCCGACUCAGACAACAACAACAGCGACGACUGUGGCAACAUCCUCCCCUCGGACAUCAUGGACUUUGUCCUGAAGAACACCCCCUCGAUGCAGGCGCUAGGAGAGAGCCCCGAGUCCUCGUCCUCGGAGCUCCUCACCCUGGGAGAAGGACUGGGCCUCGACAGCAAUCGGGGCAAGGAUAUGGGCCUCUUUGAGGUGUUCUCACAGCAGCUGCCGACAGCCGAGCCCGUGGACAGCAGCGUUUCUUCCUCGAUUUCGGCCGAGGAGCAGUUUGAGCUGCCCCUGGAGCUGCCCUCAGACCUCUCUGUCUUGACGACACGGAGCCCUGCGGUGCCCAGCCAGAACCACGGCAGGCUUGCUGUCAUUUCGGAAUCCUCGCUGUCCUCCUCUGGAGAGAGAUCAAUGCUCACUCUGCCUUCCUCCAAAUCUGCGGAGAAGAGAGUGACCGUCACAGAGAAGCCUGCCUCCAGUGAAGGGGAGCCAACACUGCUCAGCCCCAGAGUGGGCCCUAGCCCCGAAGGACACCUGACCCCAGACCCCUUUAUUCCGGGCCCCAUGGAAGCCGAGCACAUCGCCAGCCCCCCCUGUGGGCCGGUAGAGCAAGGCCACGGAGCCAGCCAGGACUUAGCAAGGAACAGUGGGACGCCUGGCCUCCAAGUCCCAGUUUCUCCGACGCUGCCACUUCAGAACCCCAAGUACGGCCCCAGUGCCACGGAGAGCCCUGGUCCAUCUCAGAUCUCAAAUGCUGCGGUGCAGACUGCCCCACUCCACCUCAAGGCAGCUGCUGAAAAACUCCUGGUGGUGAACCAGAACAUGCAGCCGUUGUACGUCCUCCAGACUCUUCCCAAUGGUGUGACUCAAAAGAUCCAGCUGACCUCCGCGGUCAGCUCUUCCCAGGGUGUGAUGGAGGCCGGUGCGUCUGUGCUCGGGCCCAUGGGCACCGGGCUUGCGCUGGCCGCAGGCUUAAGCCCAAGUCUGCCCUCGCCCCAGGCGCUCUUCCCCCCCACCAGUAAAGGGCUCCUGCCCCUGCCUCAUCACCAGCACUUGCAUUCCUUUUCUGCAAGCCCCCAAGGCGGCUUCCCCUCCACUCUCAGCAGCCCUGCCUCGGGCCUCCUGAUCGGUGUCCAGCAACCUCCUGACUCGGAAACAAGCCAGAGAGCAGACGUCGGGGCUGUAGCCCCAGCCCCAGCCUCCGGCCUCGGCAAGAAAAGGCCCAUCGCACGCCUGCAGUCGCGGAAGAACAAGAAGCUUGCCCCUUCCGACUUGGUCCCGAACAUGACGCUCAUCAACUUCACCCCCUCCCCGCUUCCCAGCCAUCCCAGCCUACUUGACUUGGGGACCGUCAGUAACUCUGCACCCCACAGGACGGUCCCCAACAUCAUCAAGCGCUCCAAGUCUGGGGUCAUGUACUUUGAGCAGGCCUCUCUCUUGACACAGGGGGUGGGAGGGUCAGCAGCCACCGUGGCAGCAGUUGGCACUGCUGCUGGCGUGGCUGGGCCAGAGACGGGCCAUCUUGCAGUGGGGCCUGUGUCGGAGCUUCCCUCCACGCCCUCUGUGCUGAACGUGGUCUCCAUGCCGACGUCUGCCACGGCGCCUUCCACAGCCACCUCUGGCCCCGGACACGUGCUGGCCCGGGGAUCCGUGGCGCUUGCUGGACCCAGGCUGCCGGGGGUCUCCGAGGUGGGCUCGAUCAGCAACCUCCUCAUCAAAGCCACUCAGCAGAGCCUGGGCCUUCCCGAGCAGCACUCCGCUGGGCCCCCAUCUGGCUCUGGGAUGUUCUUGCAGCUGGGCAGUGCCUCCUCAGCCCCGCCCGCAGCCACGAUGGCAGCGGCACCAGCACCCGGCACCUGCCUCUUGCCCUCUGCACAGACAGUGGGCCUGGCCGCAGACCCGGAAGGCUCUUACCAGCCGGGGCCUCUGACCCAGAUGCUGGCUAGCAAAACGGGGACUGUCCCCUCUGCAGGGGACCUCGCCCCUCCUUCCCAAGCCCCUCCGCUCUCAAGCUUCCCCCAGGUGGUGGACGUUGCUCUGGAGCCAAAGAAGACUUCCUCCUCCUCCUGCUCCGUCCCACGCGCCCGCUCAGCUUCUCCCAGGAGCUCCCCCCCUGCUGACCAGCCACCGGGAAGCUGUGCCGUGCCGGCCUCUGUGAAAGCAAAACUCAAAUUCAAACGGCUUCAGUCCUCCUCCGACUGCAAAGGGUUUGGGAAGAAGCACAAGAUGUCUCACCUCUGGACCAGUUCUCUUGAGAAACACAUUCCGCAGCAAGGCAGCAGUGUGGCGGCCCAGGACUCGGCUGGAGGGAUUCCUGCCCCGAAGAUGCACUCGGAGGAAGCCACCAGUACAGCGCCGCCUCCGCGCAAAGCAGCAGGGCAAACAGCAGCUCUCCCGGAAUCCCAGUCAGUACAGAAUGCUGCAAGUGAGCAAGAACAUGCAGACUCCAAGACUCCCGAGGAAGAGGAGGAGGGGGAGGAAGAAGAAGAGGAAGAAGAGGAAGAAGAAGGCCCUUUCAGUUCCCCACUCAUGUUCUGGCUGCAGCAAGAGCGGAAGAGGAAGGAGAGCCUUGCUGAGAGGAAGCCCAAGAAGGGGCUGCUCUUUGAGAUCUCCAGUGACGAUGGCUUCCAGAUCUGUGCUGAGAGUAUUGAAGAUGCCUGGAAAUCUCUGACGGACAAAGUCCAGGAGGCGCGUUCCCAGGCCCGCCUGAAGCAGCUCUCCUUUGCAGGUGUCAGCGGGCUGCGGAUGCUGGGCGUCCUCCAUGACGCGGUCGUGUUCCUGAUCGAGCAGCUCAGUGGAGCCCAGCAUUGCCACCACUACAAGUUCAGGUUCCACAAGCCAGAGGAGGCGAAAGAGCCCCCCGUCAACCCCCACGGCUCGGCCAGGGCCGAAGUGCACCUCAGGAAGUCUGCCUUUGACAUGUUCAAUUUCCUGGCUUCUAAGCAUCGCCAACCCCCGGAGUACAACCCCAACGACGAGGAGGAGGAGGAGGUGCAGCUGAAGUCUGCCCGGAGGGCGACCAGCAUGGACCUGCCCAUGCCGAUGCGCUUCCGACACUUGAAAAAGACCUCCAAGGAGGCAGUUGGCGUCUACAGGUCUCCCAUCCACGGCCGGGGCCUGUUCUGCAAAAGGAACAUCGAUGCUGGGGAGAUGGUGAUCGAAUAUGCUGGCAACGUGAUCCGCUCCAUCCUGACUGACAAGCGUGAGAAGUACUACGACAGCAAGGGCAUCGGCUGCUACAUGUUCCGCAUUGACGACUCCGAGGUGGUGGACGCCACCAUGCACGGGAACGCGGCCCGCUUCAUCAACCACUCCUGCGAGCCCAACUGCUACUCCCGGGUCAUCAACAUCGACGGGCAGAAGCACAUCGUCAUCUUUGCCACGCGCAAGAUCUACCGGGGCGAGGAGCUCACCUACGACUACAAGUUCCCCCUCGAGGACGCCAGGAACAAGCUGCCCUGCAACUGUGGGGCCAAGAAAUGCCGCCGGUUCCUCAACUGAAGGGGGGCCGGGAUGGCUGUGGGGCUGCCCCCUCGGCCCGGGUGGACGCCCAAAGGCUCCCUGCCUGCUUGGCUCUCCUGGGGAGAGCGGGAGGGCCGGGCUGGAGCAGAGAGCCAUCCCCGACUGCCCCGUGGCCACCCUUCCUCCCGGGGCUGCCUGCCUUCUCCGGCCUGGAAGGCAGCCUGGAGGCCUCACUGGCCUGCCCUCCCCUCCCCUCCGGCCGCUGCUCACAGUUAGGGCCGCUUCCCAGGGCCCUGAGAGAGAGAGGGCUCAGGGCUGCGUGAGCAGAUGCUUGGCAGAGGGGUCCCUGCCGCUGGCUGGCUUUCCAGGCCCCUGGCCUCCAGCCGGGAGGGAGCAGCUCUGCCCCCCUCGCUGGAAGUGGAGCAUCCCAGAGAGCAGCCGCGGCCCUGGGCCCCUUCGGCCGAGUCGGCACCUCUAGCAGCCUCUCGUGGUUCGCCUCCUGCCGGCUGCCCUCGGAGGGGACACACUCCCAGGGAGAGCGGUGGGGUGGGGGGGGGGGUGCCGGCGUCCCCAGCACCCUGCAGGCUGCGGCUUCCUUGGGCCACAGAAGACGAGGAAACCAGGGUCACGGGGAAAGCCCCCAGUCCACUCUUGGGCCCAUGUCAGAGGGAGUCCCAGCAGCACAGCCUCCUUCCCUCGCAGCCUCUUGGAUUUAUGUCAUUGGAUUUUACUUGGUUCUGUUUACAGUUUAGUAUUUAAGGUUUUGUAAAUGUAAAUAUAUUUUGUAUAUUUUUCUAUGAGAAGCACUUCAUAGGGAAGAGCACUUAUGAGACUAUUUUUUCAACCGUGGUGUCAUCCUAAGUUAAGAAACUCAGUUUUUGGAGACCUGUUUCGUUUAAGAGGAUGGGCUUGAGCGGGCUGCUGGCCAGGUGUGCCGCCGGCUGGCUCCCUCCUCCUUGUGGGGUGAGGUCCUGGAAGCCUUGGCUGGGGCCGCGAGCAUCACCUGGUGAGAGCUGAGAGCUGCCCCCUCCCAGCUGCUGGGAGAGGCUCUUGGAGCCCCGGCGGGGCGGCGGCUGCUGCUGCCAGGGAGUGGUUCCCUCGGACGGCCCCUGAACGUCCCGCCCCGUCCCAGAGAAGAGGAGUGAAGUAUCCCGUCUCCCACCAGGCCAAGCCCCCUUCUCGGCCUGGCCUGUGCUGCCUCUUCCCACCCGGCCAAGGCCCGCAGCGGCCUCUCUCUUCAGCCCAGGCCGCAAGCAAAGCAGGACCCGGCCCGGCUGGAGGGGCCCUCGUGGCCCACGUCCCUUCCAGGCCCACAAGCACACGGCCUCCAGCCCCAGGCCCAUGGCCGGCUUCCCUGGCUGUUGCCUUGGAAGGGGCAAGGUCCAAGCUGGGCUGGGGGGUGGCGGGCGGAGUGGGCCUGCCUCCCGCGUCUGGGGGCUCUCUGGCUUGCCCUUGCGGGCAGGCCCAUCCUGCAGGUCAAGGAGGGACCUGACCCCUGCCCCCUGCAUUUGCCCCAGGUCUGUGCCUUUGGCUGCCUGGUCCAGAGCGAGAGGGCGCCGGCCUCUGUCCGUCCGUCCGGCGCUUCCCUCUCUUCCUGGAGCCGGAUCCCCGGGAGCCCGAGUCCCAGCUGACUGACUUUGCUGCUGCUAACCCUGUUCUGGCUGUCCGGAGCGACAGCUGCUGUGGCCAGUAAAACUGCCUGCCCCCCAAGGGAAGCCGCGUGGGCCCCCCGGGCAAGGGGAGGGCCAGACGAGGCAGGCUCCGUGUUGCUUCCCGGCAAGAUGAAUGUAUAUUUCUAAGGACUGACAGAGAUCAUGAUACCUGAGAAUGCGAAGAGUCAAACCUUUAAGGUGUUUAUUUUUUUAAAGGAAAAGCGGGUCAUUGCCAAGGGCUGGGUCUCACCUUCCUCUCGUCAUUUCCCUUCAUUGCCAAGCAAUACCGGGCUCUUCUCCAGCCAGAUGUCCUUUGUGCAGAAUCAUGUGGUUCACACCCCCGCCUCCCACACACUUGCAAGUUUUUAUAACUUUAAAUAUGGUAUAUAUAGGAACUAAUAUCGUACUGCACCGUGUCUUGAAGCCUGGCUUUUAUUUCUCUUCAACACUAUAGAUAAGGGUUGUGUUCCAGUUGCUAAAAAGGCAGGGAACCAGCCAGCCCCGGCCAGUGGACGAUGUCUCUUCUAUGGGGAGGUGGCGGGGGGGGGCGCGUGACGGCAGAUGCUCCAGCUGAGCCUGCCCCCAGGGAGCAAGUUGGGGGGCUUGGCUAGGCUUUCUCCUGGCCUUCAGUGUUAACAGUCAGUACUCGUACAACUUGUUUCUCUCCUCCACCUUUUGUUGGGGUACCACAACUGUGUCGUGCUUUCCAGGUAUCUUAUUGAGGACCUGCAGCUUUGCCUCUCAGCCAAGAUCUGUGCUUGUGGUGUUCCUUUGAUUCAACGUAGCCGUCUUUUAAUAGCGACAGGUAGUAAAUAAUCGUCUCAAGCUGUGCAAACGCUCUGCAAACACAGGGUUCUGUUCCAAACAAAACGCAACUACUUAUCAUGUAACGCCAAUCUCUCUCUUUAUUUUUCCUUUCUCUUGUGUUCUUCCAAAUUGUUUGGGUGUUUUUUCUUUUAAAAAAGGAAAUGUGUCUCCUCUAGUGCAUCAGUGUUAACUCCUCCCUGUCAUCACAGGGAUGAAGGAAAUACUUUAAACUGUUCCAAGAAAUUACUGAAAGCUUCACAAAAGACUGAAUGUAAAAAUAAGUGUAUAUAGUUGUACAAAAAAAAGGAGUUUUUAAACAUGUUUAUUUUCUAUGCACUUUUUUAUUUAAGUGAUAGUUUAAUUAAUAAACAUGUCAAGUUUA